UAAAAUAAAUCCUAAUACUAGUACUUGUACAUUUGUUCAACGAAGUCCGCACAAUAACUUAGAAAACGAAACCAAAAAGAAAUAUGACCAUCUCCCAUCGUUCUCACUGUACAGAAACUCCUCUCCUACAAGGCACUGUAGAUGGUUGCGUUGACUACAAAGGAUGUCCAGUUUACAGAACAAACUCUGGUGGGUGGAGAUCUGCAUACUUCAUUAUUGGUGUUGAAAUGGCUGAGAGGUUCGCUUAUUAUGGAAUUAGCUCCAACCUUAUUACCUAUUUGACGGGGCCAUUGGCUCAGUCCACAGCCACUGCGGCGGAGAACGUCAACAUCUGGUCAGGCACGGCGAUGCUGCUCCCUCUUUUAGGAGCAUUUGUCGCUGAUUCUUUUCUUGGCCGUCACCGGACAAUAUUUAUUGCUUCUGUUAUAUACAUCUUGGGUCUGGGAUUGUUGACUUUAUCGGCUAUGUUACCCUCUGUCAGUAGUGCUGAUUGCCUAAACACAAAUAAAAUAACUUUAUGUAAUUCUGCAAAUAAGUUCCAAGUGAUGUUGUUCUUCUUCUCUCUAUAUCUAGUAGCAAUUGGACAAGCUGGGCACAAGCCUUGUGUCCAGGCUUUUGGUGCAGAUCAAUUUGAUGAAAAAGACCCUGUGGAGUUUAAAUUGAAAGGUUCAUUUUUCAAUUGGUGGUAUUUUGGGUUAUGUUCUGCCACCUUGUUUGCCUAUUUGAUCUUAUUCUACAUCCAAGAAAAACUUAAUUGGGCUCUUGGAUUCGGAAUCCCUUGUAUUUCAAUGGGAUCUGCGUUGCUUGUUUUCUUGCUUGGAACUCCAACUUAUCGCUAUAGCAUAAAAGGGAAUGAGAAAAGUCCCUUUUUAAGAAUUGGUCAAGUCUUUGUUGUUGCAAUUAAGAACUGGAGGCGUACUACGCCUGCUUCUGCUCUUGAUGAUGAAGAACAGAAUGCUCAUACAGAGUCGCCUUAUGAAAAUUUUGACGAAUACAAGUUCCUCAAUAAAGCUUUACUUCCACCAGAAGAUUCAGACGAAUAUGGAAGCGCGUGUAGUGUUAAACAAGUUAAAGAAGCCAAAGCCUGUCUGAGGCUUGUUCCGAUAUGGAUUACAAACUUGGUUUAUGCCAUCGUGUACGCACAAUCUUCAACUUUCUUUACGAAGCAAGGAGCUAUCAUGGACAGAUGGGUUGCCUCCGAUUUCGAAAUACCAGCUGCUUCACUUCGAUCAUUCCUCUGCCUUGCUAUUGUUCUCACCAUUCCCAUUUAUGACCGUGUUCUUGUUCCUAUAGCAGGAUACUUCACUGGGAAACCUGGUGGCAUUACAAUGCUUCAGAGAAUUGGAACUGGAAUGUUUUUAUCUGUGUUAUCCAUGGUGAUUGCAGCUUUGGUUGAGAUGAAGAGGCUCAAAACUGCUGAAGAGACAGUUGGAAUGAGUGUGUGUUGGUUGAUUCCUCAAUAUGUAGUAAGUGGUGUUUCAGAGGCUUUCACAAUGGUUGGUCUUCAAGAAUUUUUUUAUGAUCAAGUUCCAAAUGAAUUAAGGAGUGUUGGACUGUCUUUAUAUCUGAGUAUAUUUGGUGUUGGGAGCUUUCUUAGCAGCUUUAUGAUAUCUGUGAUUGAGAGAGCAACGGGUGGAGAUGGCCAUGAAAGUUGGUUUGCUAAUGAUCUCAACAAGGGACAUCUUGACUACUUUUACUGGCUUCUUGCCGGACUCACUUCUGCUGGAUUGCUAGCUUACAUGUAUUUUGCAAAAUCCUAUAUUUAUAAUACUAAGGCAAGUUAGUUUUCAAAUAAACCAUUAUGUAAAGUACAGCUUGUUUAACAAGAGAAAAUUGUUUGUAAGUAUGAAUCAUAAAUUCUAGAUUUGUGAUAUAAAUAAAUACAUGCUCAAUUUUUGUAAGCGGUGGGGCAUUUUACCGUUGA